CAAGGAUGCUAAAAUAUUUUUCUUCUUAAGAAACAUUUGCCUCUUCUUGCAGCCUUCAUUCUUCUUUUCUCGCCCAUACUGCCCAUCACUGUUUACGGUCAACAAUAUGGCAGACCUCAAAGCGACCGCCAAUCCGGCCAUGAGUGACCCCGCUGAGCUCGAAAAGUCCCGUCUGGGCUCGAACCAGGCCGACACCCAGCUUGUUGCAGAGUUUGGCUACAAGCCUGUGUUCAAGCGAGAGUUUGGCUAUCUAUCUACCUUUUCGUUCGCCGUCAGUAUCAGUGGGUUGUUCUCGACGGUCAUGACCACCAUGUCCUAUCCUCUGGAAGCGGGUGGAAGCAGUGCGGUGGUCUGGUGUUGGCUAAUCUCGGGAGCCGGCUGCAUGUGUAUCGCGUGUUCGGUCGCGGAGCUUGUGUCUGCCUAUCCGACCUCUGGAGGCCUGUACUUUACUAUUUCCCGGCUCGCUCCGCACGAUUGGGUUCCUUCAAUCAGUUGGUUGACCGGUUGGCUGAAUUUUCUCGGACAAAUUUGCGGUGUGGCCUCGUCGGAGUAUGGCGGAGCACAAAUGCUCCUUGCCAUUGUGGCCAUGUGCAAAGGCGAUAAUUAUGAAAUCAAAACUACCACCACAGUGGGUGUGAUGGCUGCGUUGACCUUUCUCACCGGCCUGGUGAACUCGCUGUCGACCUACUGGAUGGAGAAGAUGACCAAGUUUUAUGUCAUUUUCCAUGUCUGCAUUCUGGUCGCGUGCUCGAUUGCGCUUCUGGUCAUGACUGACGAUAAGCACGAUGCCUCGUACGUCUUCACCCAUGUCGAGGCAACCACCGGGUGGAAGCCCAUCGGGUUCAGUUUUCUGUUUGGUUUCCUGUCUGUGAGCUGGACCAUGACGGACUACGAUGCCACGGCCCACAUCACCGAGGAGAUCAGCAACCCCGAGAUCAAGGCCCCAUGGGCGAUUUCCCUGGCCAUGCUGUUUACCUAUCUGGCUGGCUUUCUGUUCAACAUUGUUCUGUGCUUCUGCAUGGGCGACCCUAACGCGAUUCUCGCCUCUCCGCUGGAUCAACCGGUUGCACAGCUGUUCUACAAUAGCCUUGGCAGGGGCGGUGCCAUCUUCUUCACCGUCUCGGCUCUGAUCAUCAUCAAGUUUGUCUGCUUCACGGCGAUGCAGUCGCUGGGUCGAACUGUGUUUGCAUUCUCCCGUGACCGCAUGCUGCCUUUUUCCAACGUUUGGGUCAAGGUGUCUCCGUACACUGGAACGCCCUUGUAUGCCGUGUGGAUCUCCGUGGUGUUUUGCAUCGCGAUCAACCUGAUUGCUCUAGGUUCAUACACUGCUGUCGACGCUGUUUUCACGCUGUGCUCCAUCGCCCUCGACUGGAGUUACUGCAUUCCCGUCCUGUGCAAGCUCGUGUUUGGCCAGUUCAAACCCGGACCCUGGCACAUGGGUAUCUUCAGCAAAGCCGUAAACAUCUGGGCCUGCUUAUGGACGCUGUUCGUCAGCAUCAUCUUCGUCCUGCCCACCGAGCGUCCCGUCACGCCUAACAACAUGAACUACGCCUGCGUGUUCUUGGUAUUUGUCUUGCUGUUUGCCCUGGUGUACUGGUUCAUCAGCGGCAAACGCUUCUACCAUGGCCCCGUGACCGAAGCAGUUGUAGCAGAUUCCGCCUCCGAAAGCAACCAACCCGGAUCCAAAGAAAAAGACGGACGCGACAAUUGACUACCCAGCGAUACCCGAACCCUUGCAACGGCCCAAUGUUCGAUCCCUGAGCGACACGUAUUCGGCUCCAGCGAUGGACGCGACUUAUCCUACUGCUACCAUCUAUAGCCGAAGCCCACCGAUCCAGCGACCGGCCCAUGCUGUUCACUUCCCUAGCGACAUCCUGCCAGCGUAUCGAUUCCGUGCGACAUCCUGCCCAGUGUGAUUCCGUGCGACAUACCUGCCAGUGU